GCCAACAUUAUUCGGCAGUCAAGAUUGUGAAGAAUUUUUUCGCCAUUUGAGAUCAUUGACUACUUUGUGUUCAACAAUUGUUAAUUUUCAAUGCUGGACUUAUUGCAUAGAGUUCAUAGAGUAGACUUUAUGAACUAUGCAGAAAAUAUACUGCAAUGUUAUGGAGUCAAUUCGAAGAAGAGUUCCAAAACCUGCCAGACAUUUCAACUUCCGGGCCUAGAGGAAAUCGAACAAACUGUUCUGAAUGCCCAAGUUGACGCUGAAAAUGAAAUGUUGCACCUGGGUCUUCAGGCUGUGCAUCCUAUCUCAGCCUCGAUCUCAGCAUUAUUUCCUGAAAUAAGGUCUGAAAUUCCUUUUGAAACACCCAUCACGAACGAAGAACGGAAUGAUGAUGAAGUCAAUACAUAUGCUGAUGCAGAUGUUGACUUGGAUGAUGAGCACAACUAUUUGGAUCUCGAUUUGGAUCAUUUGGAUAUAACUGUGGCUUCAAACGGUGAUUCCAGCAUGCAUGCCGAGAUGUAUGUACCUUUGGAUGUUGAAGAUGAAUUGCGGCUUAUGCUAGGAGAAAGCGCUAACAACAUUGAAAUUAAACAUCUCAUCAAGGAAAAUGUAUCAAUUAAAUCAUCACGACUGUACUUCAAAAUGCAGAAUUCAGAUGGAAAAGAAGUUUUUGUGAAAAAGUCAACUGUCGUUUGGUUGUUUAACAAUGUUAAGGAUACCGUUAGUUCAGAUCGCCUAUACCGUUUUGUUAGGAUUAAUGAUAGGAGAGUUGAUCCUAUUUUAGCCCAGUCUGGAGGAACGCAUGAUGAAAUUCAUAUUGGAGAUUGGUGUGAGUUUAAAUAUAGGGCACAUGGAAGAACACGAGUCGUGUAUGGUAAUGUGGUAGGAUUUGAAUACAUCAUCGGUAGAUCGAAGAACUACACGCUGCACUGCGCUCCAAUAAAACCACCCAGUGGCAUUGUGCCAACAGGAAUUUUUGUGUAUGCUAACUGGUUUGAACGAUGUGGCAAUGUAGCGAACAAAAUUCAACUUACUAACAUUGUAAAUGAUGGUCGGAUUGAUAUAGAUUUGUACAAAACACAUAUCCAAUCUCCAACAUUUAUAAACAAUGUUAUGACACUAGCUUGAACGCAGUUGUUUGUAUGAUUUGAAGUUUGACUAUUCUAAAUAUAUAAUAAAUACGAAAGGUUCACGACUUGAGGUUAAUAAAAAGAGAUCGAAAGAAAUAAAAAAAAUAGUUGAUAAUCAAAUAUUAAAACUCGGAUUUAAUUGAAUUUACACAAAUUGAAAAAAAUAACCCUGGGAAUAUAAACUUUAUAGAAUAUUCGGUAAUUGCUACACUAAGACUUGUGUAAUAAUUUCGGUAGUACAUAUUUAAAAAUUGUUUAUUCAUUAAUAAAUUGUA